CAUUCUUGCUCACUGAAAAAAAAAAAUUCAAAGCAUUUUCAUUCUAUACUUUUCCUAUGUAAUGUAAGUAAAGCUAUGGGCAAAACAUCAUAUUACUCUUUAGAUAUCCCACAUUUUGUUGCGUUUAAGCUCCUUGAAUUUCCUGUCACUGAACCAGCAGAUUUUCAAAGGCAUGCACGCUCCACUCAGGACACAACGGGAAUAUACUGUUAAUUUAACUUAGGCUUUGUUGAAUAUAUAUAAAAGUUAAUCUAAGGUGGAAGUAACUUUGAUUGGGGCCAAUGAAAGCGAAAGUUAUGGAAGAAGCCGGGGGGGACAAUCCACGCAUUUGAUUUCUUGUUAUUCCGUUUACCUUUUUCCAGAACUGUCAUAUGCAGACUCCACCUUCUCAAAAAAGCCAAUGCCUAUAUGGAAUUGGUCGGUUCCCGCCUCCAAAACUCCAUUAAAAUAAUCUAAAGUUGCAGAUGUUUUUGAUAAUCCUUCCCACUAUCUGUUUUUUGUUAUUUUCUUGUAUAUAGUAUAUAUAUUCAGACUUUGUGAUUCACCAUGCAUUCCAAAUUGCCAAACUCAGUUAAUUUUUCACCAAGUUGCCCAGUGCUCACUGUGUUCACUCAAUCAAAGGAAGUCGCUUGCUUCGUUCUCUACGUUCCGCAACUUGAGAAUGCGUUCAUUCUUAUGAACUCCACCCUUUCUCUUGUCCUUUUCAUUUAGUUAUUGACAGUGACUAAAUAACUUGAGCUGUUUCUUCUUUCCCUGCAAAAAAAAACCUUACCUGUUUGCCAACUGAAUUCUGUUUUGUCCUCAUUGUUUGAACCAAUUUUUGCUUUAGAAUGGUGCAUUCUCGUCUAUUCCUAUCUAUAUUUUGCAUGUCUUUUGUCUGUUUCUUCUUGUCCGCCCAAGGUAGAUGGCAUCAUCACCAUACUAAACACAAACAUCAUACUCACCAUCACAAAAUCUCUGAAAUUUCAGUACCUCCUUUUCCAGCACCCGAGCCUUCCAGUCCCUUUGCACCUGAGCCUGCUUCUGGUCCUUUUGCACCAGAGCCUUCCAGUCCAUCUGCACCUCACCCCACUGCUCCUUUUGCUCCCGAGCCUUCUAGUCCAUCUAAUGAUGGAAAUGCCAACAUUUCCACUGGUGUUUUCGAUGUAAGAAACUUCGGAGCUGUAGGGGAUGGAGUGACAGAUGACACAGAAGCAUUCAAGAUGGCAUGGGACUCUGCUUGUCAAGUUAAUGCAUCAGUCCUUCAUGUUCCUUCUGGUUUUUCCUUCAUGAUUCAGUCCACAAUUUUUACGGGUCCUUGUCUAGGCGGACUUAUCUUUCAGGUUGAUGGUACACUUAUGCCUCCUGAUGGACCCGAAGACUGGCCGAAGAAUAGCAGCAAGCGCCAGUGGAUUGUCUUUUACAGAAUCAAUGGAAUGUCCUUGCAAGGAGGUGGUCUCAUUGAUGGUAGAGGGAAAAAAUGGUGGGAUCUUCCUUGCAAGCCCCACAAGGGCAUAAACAGAACAACAUUGUCUGGACCAUGUGACAGCCCAAUUGCUAUAAGAUUUUUCAUGAGCUCCAACUUGACUGUGCAAGGACUUAAAGUUAGGGAUAGCCCCCAAUUCCACUUUAGAUUCGAUGGCUGCAAGAAUGUCCAUGUCGAAUCCCUUCACAUAACAGCUCCUGCCCUGAGUCCCAAUACCGAUGGGAUCCACAUAGAGAAUACAAACGGUGUUGAAAUUUAUAAUUCAGUUAUCUCUAAUGGUGAUGAUUGCAUAUCUAUUGGAUCAGGAUGCUAUGCUGUGGAUAUUAAGAACAUAACUUGCGGACCUGGUCAUGGAAUCAGCAUUGGGAGCCUAGGUAAUCAUAAUUCACGAGCGUGCGUCUCCAACAUCACGGUUCGAGACUCCGUAAUUAAGGUAUCAGAUAACGGUGUUAGGAUCAAGACAUGGCAAGGUGGAUCUGGAGCUGUAUCAGGCAUAACAUUCAGUAACAUUCACAUGGAAAGCGUUAGGAAUCCAAUUAUAAUAGAUCAAUUCUACUGCCUCACUAAGGGGUGCGCAAACCAAACAUCAGCUGUUUAUGUAUCAGACAUACUGUAUGAAAGCAUCAAGGGAACCUAUGAUAUCCGAAGCCCUCCGAUGCAUCUUGCCUGCAGCGAUUCUGUCCCAUGUACAAACAUCACACUCUCUGAUAUCGAGCUUCUUCCAGCUCAAGGAGAUAUAGUUUUGGACCCUUUUUGUUGGAAUGCUUAUGGGGAUAUGGAAACGCUAACCAUUCCUCCUGUCUCCUGCUUAAUGGAGGGUAUUCCUCGACGCAUCUUGGAUAAUAACGAUAUGGGUUAUUGUGGAUGAUUAGAAUUGUAAUCUUCUGUUUUUUUCCCCAUGUAAAUUAGCUUAAAUACAUGCAUACGAAUACAUAUAAUUGAAAGGAAAGCCAAGGAUGUAUCGGGAUUGUAUUUCGAAUUAUAAGAUCAUUCUAAAAAAUGGUCCAUAUUAUAA